UCGCCUCGGCCCCGCCCCGCCGCGCGGGCUGUCACUGCGGCGGAGUCGCGGCGGCGCCGCCAUCGCGGGCAGAUGCAGGCGAUCAAGUGUGUGGUGGUGGGCGACGGAGCUGUAGGGAAGACCUGCUUGCUGAUCAGUUACACCACGAAUGCCUUUCCUGGAGAGUACAUCCCCACUGUGUUUGAUAACUAUUCUGCCAAUGUCAUGGUAGAUGGAAAGCCAGUGAACCUAGGCCUCUGGGAUACAGCAGGACAAGAGGAUUAUGACCGACUGCGGCCUCUUUCCUAUCCACAGACGGAUGUUUUCCUGAUCUGCUUCUCCCUUGUGAGUCCAGCCUCCUUUGAGAAUGUCAGAGCCAAGUGGUACCCUGAGGUCCGACACCAUUGCCCAAAUACACCUAUCAUCCUGGUGGGCACCAAGCUGGACUUGAGGGAUGAUAAGGACACCAUUGAAAGGUUACGUGACAAGAAACUGGCCCCCAUCACCUACCCCCAAGGUCUGGCCAUGGCUCGGGAGAUUGGGUCGGUAAAGUACCUCGAGUGCUCUGCCCUGACGCAACGGGGCCUGAAGACGGUGUUUGAUGAAGCCAUCCGGGCUGUGCUCUGCCCACCACCCGUGAAGAAACCUGGCAAAAAGUGUACCGUGUUCUGA